AUGUAUGAAGAAUGGCCUGUAUUGGAUCUUUGCGAUGUUAAAGAAGAAUCUUCGCUAUCGUUUAUAUCAAAAGAAGCCAGUAAUUGCAUCGCUGAGAUUUUAAUUCGGGAUAUUAUAAAUGUUAUCGAUAAUCGAGAAAAAGUAGAGAAUUUUUGUUUGCGGAUUAAGACCGAUGAAGAACUUUCUUGGAUUAUGCAAGUUAUCACCCAUUCACUCUCAUUUUCAUAUUUUUCAAACAAAGAAUGUGAUACUGUUCAUAAUGCUGUGCGAAUUUAUACAACAUGGUUAUGUGCAGCUGCAACAGAUUUAAAUAUAAUAGUACCUUUGACAUUAAAACGCGAUCCAGUGAAAUAUACGAGUUAA